AUGACGGAUGCUUUGGAGGAAGCCUACGGCACCCCGUCGCUUUCGUUGAAUUUUGUGGAUCCGCCGGAGGCCGAUUCCUCAUUGCUUCAUGGAGCUACUCAGGAUUCGCAGUUCGAAUUCGAUCAGCAUUACACGCUCCCAUCACAGGGUUGGCCCGGGGCGCUUUCGGAUGUCGUUGGUGAGCCCACCAAAGAGUUGACUUUUGUUGAAGAUGAGGAUUUACCGGUACCAGGAAAGCUUCCUCCGCAUGCAUGCAAGUAA